UGAUACGGGGGAUGCCCCCAUCCCCAAACCAACGCAAAGCAGACAUGCCAUGGCCGCGCUCGCCGUCUUCCGCCACCAACGCCGCGCCUCCUCUUGGGCCGCCGCCGUUGCCGAUCACGCGCGCUCCGGCCGCCACGCCGCCGCACUCACCGUCUUCCGCCGCGUCCUCCGAGCCCACCCCGCGGUCGCCACCUCCGACCAGCUCGCCUACACCGCCUUGCUCCGUUGCCGCGACCGCCGCCUGGCCUACCAGAUACACGCCCAGGUGUGCCGUCGUGGCCUGGCCGCCUCCAACCCCAUCCUCGCAUGCUCCCUCCUCGCCUUCUACGCCGACUGCGAGGACAGGGACAGCGCCACCAGGGUGUUUGACGAAAUGCCGCACCCGGACGCCGUGUCCUACACCGCCAUGAUCUCCGCCCUCCUCCGCGCCGGGGACUGCCACCGUGCGCUCGCGCUCUACCCGCGCAUGCUCCCUCUCUGCGCGCCCACUCAGCACACCUUCUCCAAGUUGCUCGCCGCCUGCACCUCCCUGCGCCUGCGCCGCCACGGCACCAUGCUCCACGCACAGCUCCUCCGCUGGGGCAGCUGGGGUCCCCACCUCAGCCUGGUCCUCAAGACCGCGCUCCUCCACAUGUACGCCGCCUGUGGCGCCAUGGCUUCCGCACGCACUGUGCUCCACGCCACGCCUGAAACCGACGUCGUGCUCUGGACGGCCAUCAUCACUGCCUACUCGCGGGGUGGCCAGCUCCAGCCUGCUCUGCAGGCGUUCCGUGACAUGGAACGCGCCGCGGUGCCACCCAAUGCCUUCACCUACGCCGCCCUCAUCGCUGCCUGCUCCUCAGCCCACUCGCUGCACAUUGGACAGCUGCUCCAUGCCCGCCUCAUCAAGUUUCGUCUGCAGCAUGACACCUCUGCCUGCAAUGCACUAUUGGACUUGUACAGCAAGUCCUCCACACGUUUCCUUGAUUUGCUGCAUGCUUUCUGCGCGGUCGACACACCCAACGUGGUGUCCUGGACUGCCUUCAUCGCUGGACUCGUGCGCCAUGGCAGGGACCAAGAGGCGUUUGCAGCAUUUGCUCGCAUGCGAGCUACCGGGGUGCAACCCAACUCCUUCACCCUGUCCACUCUUCUGAAAGGCUGCACCUCCGCACAGGCAUGUCAACUCGCUGCAAAAAUCCAUGCGUAUGUGCUUAAGACUAGCUUUGAGUCAUUGGACGCGGCUGUCGGGAACUCGUUGGUUGAUGUGUAUGCAAGAUCUGCAAGAAUGGACGACGCUUGGGAUGUGGCAACCACAAUGUCCUUCGUUAGGGACAGAUUCACAUACACGAGCCUAGCCAAAGGGCUGAAUCAGAUAGGGCUUCACCACAGGGCACUCACGAUGAUACUUCACAUGUUCCAUGAGGAGGUUGAUAUCGAUGGUUUCAGCCUAGCUUGCUUCCUUUCCGCUGCUGCGACCUUGGCAUCCAUGGAGGCUGGGAAGCAGCUGCACUGCUGCGCAGUGAAGUUGGGAUUGAGCCAUGAGGUAUCUGUCUCCAACAGCCUUAUCGACAUGUACAGCAGGUGCAAGUGUCUGGAGGAUGCUAAGAGUACUUUCCGGUUAAUCAGGGAACCCAGUGUUGUUUCCUGGAAUUCUAUUAUCUCCGGGCUGGCAUCUAACGGUUGUCACGCUGAAGCUUUGUUGACUUUUGAAGACAUGAUUUUGGUUGGCGCUCAGCCUGAUGGGGUCACUUUCUCAGUUGUGCUUUCCGCCUGCAGUUAUGGUGGCUUAGUUGACAUUGGAAUCAAACAUUUCAACUCUAUGAUGAAUCUGUUUGGUGUCCCCCCACAAAAGAGCCACUACACAUUGUUUCUGGAUAUGCUGGGACAAGCAGGGCAUCUUACAAAGGUGGCACGCACCAUCGACUCAGGGGCUGUUCAGCCAGACUUUGUCAAUUUACAGGACCCAGUUGGCAUUCUGCAAGCUCCAUAAUGAUCUGGUGGUUGACAAAUAUAUUGCAAGGAAGGCACUGGAGUUGGGUCCUUCAGAUUCAGUAAUAUGGAAUAUGCUUUCAGGCAUCUGUGGUGCUCCUAGGAUACAAGAUUACGACGAGCAGACAGGUUUGCGGGAUGACGAGGGAUGCAGAAGCAUGGAUAUGAUAACCAGUAUAGCAUCAUACGAAAAGUUCUGGCUCAUCGAGUCUUCCCAUAGCACAGCUGGUUCUCAUGGGCUGGUUGCUUCUGCCCUCAUUCCUGGUGUAGUUACUGGUAAUAUACUAAUAGAUGAUUUUUUGCAAAUUUAUUUUCCUGAAUUUCAGUCAUUCCAGCUCUUUAUAUGAGCCGUUUAAUUAAGUUAUACAAGAUAUGGAGCACCACAGUCAAUCCUCGAGCCACAUAUGUCCAAAAGUGGGUAUAGUAUGCUAGAAAUGGGAGGAUAAAAGGCUCCACAUAGAACUUGUAGAGCUUUACGAAAGGUUGAACUACUGCUUCUGGAUCCUUGAGGAAACCUGCAGGCAUACCAGCAUGUUUAGCUGGAUUUAGGAAUUGCAAUUUUUCACAGGAGAUGGUUAGUGCGAGCUAUGGCUUCAUUCAAUUGGAAUGAUACAGCAUACAGCAGUAAAAACAUGAGUCAUUAGUGUGCCUACCAAUGCCCAUUUUCCUGGUUUCAGUGGUGACUCAUCAAAGAUAUGAACUUUCCUGCAGUGUAUGUGAAAUCAUUGUUAUCUCAGGUAAAGGGAAGCAUUUUCUUUUUAAAAAAAUCCUCGGAAUUUAUCACAGCAUACUGAACUUUCCUGGCAGUUGUUAUAUCACACCGAACAUUCAAUAAUUGGCUAGGUACUGUUACAUUUAUGGCUCUUUGGCACAAUACACAGUGACAAUUAGAAUAAUAUUUCCUUUGAUUUUAGGUGAGAGUGUUAGUGAAUAGAGUAUUUUGUCCUAUUCUAGGUAGCAUCUUUUUUCUUUUUGACUUAGCUGGGCCAUAGCUUUUGUACACAGGAUGAAAAUGCUGUCAUUGAUUUGCAUGUAUAUAGGAGGAUUGUGAGUCACAAGCGGCUUCAGCUUUUGCGUCCUCCAUUUGUAUUGCAAGGGCAUGAGUGCCAUUUACAAACUUUUCUUUCACUGAAAUCACAGAAAUACUAUUCUAAUGGUUGCCGUGUGCUGUGGCAAAGAGUCAAGAUUUGUGAAGGUACCUAGGCACAAUUAUUGAACGUCUAGAUAGCAAAUACCAUGUCCUGUGGCAAAUUCUGCCUUUUGAAAAAGAAUAGUAAAGCCACUAGCAAUGCAAACGGUAAAAAUGAAAGAGAGAGACAAGAGAGAGGGAGAGGUAGAGGAAGGAAGAGGAUGAAAUGCUGCUACUGGGAAGGGUAUUGAUCUCAGCUACCUGAUAAGAAGCACCGCUCCAUUUUCUGAACAUAUGUAGAAGCUGCAGCCCUUGGUAAAGGGGAUGGUGUAUCCAUUCCAUUCUGUAACAAGCAACAUGACGACGUCAUUGUCCUAUUGAUUUCCCCAUCACUUUGUUAUUUUGAAUUCCUAAUGAAGGAUCUUACCAAGGUGCCACAUUACUGCCGCGGUGUGCUCUGCACCUUGACAAACCUCAUCGGUGGCAAAUUUGACAUUCUCUCCCAUGGAUUCCAUCAGUCUUUUGAAGUAGAUACGGGGGUAAUUGGGCCUUGAAAUGCAGAUGCUGAAGCAGAUGAGAAAAUAACCUUGACAUCCAGUGGCUUAUAAUAUGCGGUAUCCUCGAUGACGCAAUCAGGGGCAAUCAACUUAUCCAGCCUUUUGCUGUUCUUUUCAUUGAGGGAGGAGUAGAACUCCUGAACGACAUCUGACAGGGGCGAAGAUGGUAAGGUGGCACCUCUGCGGUUGGGGUUGUUGAGUCUGCCAUUUCUGUCUGGUCUGAGUGCUGCGUGUAUAGGCUUUAGGGGAAGUCCUUGUUUCCUUGUGUGUAUAGGCUGUUGUCGAGGAGGCCGGAGGCGCAAUUGAGGAGCUGAUUGAAGCUUGAAACAGGGGGAUUGGAAGGAGAUAGAUGGCAAGGUGGAGUUCAUGGCGUUGGCUGUGUGAGCAAAGGGAAGGGGCUUGCUUGCUUGAUGGAAGAGGUCGCCUGCCUGAAGGGGUGGGAGCUGUGAUGUGUGAGGCUUUCAGCUGGACGAAUUUGCUUGCUUGCUUGCUUGGUGGUUUAAGAAUAGGAGAAACAACGUGAUGUGUACAUCGCACUGCAUUUGCAUCAUCCAUGCUGCUGCGUGGUGUCUACGAGGCAUGUGAAGUAAGGGAUUGCUUUCUUUGGAUGUAACCCAACUGCUUAGCAACCGAAGUAAGAAUCUGAAUCCUGGAUUCCUUUCUUUUUUGAGAAUUGGUUGUUUGUGUACAAGUACAAGUACAAGUACAAGCUUGAGACUUGUCAAUAAAGGAAGAGAAAAGCAUUCAUUAUUUUCGGAAGAA